CAGACAUUAUAUAAGGAAUAAAACUUUAUGUUUCUUGGUUAUUCUUAUGUCUUUUGUGUCUUGAAACUUGUGUCUGGUAUGAAGAGUUCGACGCUGCUAGUAUUUGCAGCCACGUGCUUUUUUGGGUUAUUUGAGUAUUCCCAUGGCACUUGUCAAAAAGUUCAACCACUGGCCACUUUAUUUUCUACGUUAUGCUCUUCAUCUACUUUAAACACAUUGCCCCCGACUGCGAUCGAGAGCAUAGUAAACACCUUAUCCACUACACCACAACUCUAUGAAACAUUAUCAUCUGACACACUUUUAGCUUUACUGAAUGCUAUAACUUCUUCACCAACUGUACUGAGCCAAACACAGCCAACAGCGUUACUAACAUUACUAACCGCUAUAUCUAAUACUUGCCCAACUGCAAUCCGAUCACUUCCACAAUCUGUUUUACACCCAUUACUCAAUACACUCUCUUCAGCAGGGUUACUUCCAAAAUUUAACAGUCAUGAAACAGCACCCACAUAUGUUGCUAACUUUCCUCCACUUCCACCACCACCACCACAAAUUAUUGUGCCUGGUCCACCUCCUGGUCCUAUUGUCAUAAACUUACCGAAAAAAUCACAAAGACCCCGUCCUGUAAUUAUACCAUCUGGACCACCGCCAUCAAUUGUAGUGUCGAUACCUGAUCUUAGCCCUGCACCUCCCCCAGUUAUUUUACCUCAACGGAACCCCGGUCCAAUAGUGAUAAAUGAAAACUCAAUGAAUGUGGAAACUCAGCCAAUUGUGGUGCCAGCCCCUGAACCACCUUCCAUAUACUUCACCACACACUCAGCUAAUUCUUCUCAAGGAUUCUACAAUCCAGCAACUGGUGAACGUUAUCCUCAGUACUAUUUUCAAUCAAAUCCACAAACUCCCAAAGUUUAUUUAACCACAUUACCACCUGGUGUUGCACCACCGCAAUGUUUAUCAUCACCACCGUCAUCACUGCCAUCUGAAGUUCCAAUCCAGUCUUCUUUUUGUGAUUGCAAUCAGAUAAUUCCCAAAACAUCUUGUUAAUUAUGUUCCUAAAUUGUCUUAUGUUUUUUUGUUUGUAAGAUAGUUCAUUUUGUGUAUUAUACUCCUAAUAAAUUAAAUAAUUAAUUUAUUUGUGAAAACUAA